AUGGGUGGCUUUAAAGCUCCGGUGUUUUUUGGAAUGCCAUGCAACAUGGCAGCGAAGUCCCUGGAACUAGCCUGGUUGAUGGCUGCAAACGGCGCAAAGCGAAUCCGCGAUGCCCCGCUGUGUUUCCUGGCAUAUCGGCAACGUAGACAGGGCCCGGAGUUGGAAAGCGUGUUGGUAGACACCACUGACUGGACAGUUGUCCAGUUCAUCGCAAAAAAAUAA